AUGGAUCGCCUAUCGUACUCUCAAUCGUCUUCUUGCUGCCACUCCAGCGACUCUUCUGAUAGCUCAAGUCUCAGCUCAAGUCUCAGCUCAAGUCUUGGCUCAAGUCUUGGCUCAGCUACUACGCAUAUGCGUGUCUUUCUCGUACAGACUGCAAGGGGUCUUUUCUCUUCCUCAGGAGGUUAUAAAGCGAACAUCUGCCUGUUGCGUUUUCUUGCCUCACGUGGUCAUUCUGUUAUCCAACUUUGUUACUCUCAUCAAGGUGAGACAGAGACCUAUAUCCAGAGCAUGAAUAAGAGCGGUAGUCGUGAGAUAGGCCUUAGUAAAAAGGUUCUACAGCUAAGAGCUGAGAACGGCGUGUCGAAGACAGAUGUCGAGGUGAUUGAUUUGGUCAUGGAGAAUGACGUACAGAUUGUUGCGUUGGACAGCGAGACAUUUGACGCUGCAUUCGGUGGCAAGAAGAACAUAUCCAAGGUAAUGGCUAGAGAGACGGCUGAAUACAUUGAGACCGGAGUUCUAUCUGCACGACUGCACGACUUUGUCUCCUUCCUGCAACAGGAAAUAACGCGUUUCUCACCUACACACAUCAUCUUCAAUGAUGGCUUGUCUAUGCAGGCCACUUCUGCCCUGGAAAUGCCCACUAUGAAUGCGUGCCGUAUAAACGUCAUACAUACUGCCGAGCAGCUUCCUUUCGGUCCAUUCGCGGGUGGCGUGCCUGGACAAGCAAGCUCAACGAGUGAGCUGAAACAUCUGAAAAUGCUCGACGGCAUCUGGAGCGUCUCCCAAGCUAUCAAACAAUACGCUUUCAAGCAGGGACAGCUGCAGACCAACUUUUUUGUGCAUCAUCCGUGGACCUACCUUGAGGAGAGAAAUCACACACUGCCCAGCCAUCUACACAACUGGGACAAGAAAUUUAUCGGCAUGAUAAAUCCGUGCGCAGUUAAAGGAUUGCCCAUCCUCGUGAAUCUUGCUAAGUCAGGUCCACAGUACGACUUUCUGGUAUACAAGAGUUGGGGCUUCGAUGAUAAGGUUGGCAAGCAGCUAAGCGAGCUGCAAAAUAUCUCUGUUCGCUCAACAUGUACAGAUAUGGAAAAAGCCUGGCGCGAUAUCAAAGUGCUGCUCAUGCCUUCACUCUGGUUUGAGGCGUGGGGGAUAGUGCUGAUUGAGGCCCACCUCCGCGGCAUACCAGUUAUCUCAUCUAACGCAGGCGCACUACCUGAGUCCAUGCUAGGACUUGAUUGCAUUAUAACGGUCAAUCCCAUCCAAGGGGAGCGCGAUGAGGAUGGAUCAUAUAUCGUGCCUGACCAAGACAUCGGACCAUGGGUCAAAGCCGUAAACAAACUCAUGAAUAACAGAUGCGAGUACGAAAACCUUUCAAACAAAGUGCUAUACAAAAGCCCCCAGGUAGACAUGGGGUACGAUGUUUCAGAUUAUAAGGACAUCGAGCCCAAGUACGGCACGUUGAUGGAUGUUGACGACCUCAUUGCCGAGCUUGGUAAACGCGACAUGAAGCUAAUGAUGGAUCUUGUGGUAAACCACACUUCUGAUCAGCAUCCUUGGUUCCUUGAGUCGCGGUCUUCCCUAGAAAAUCCCAAAAGAGAUUGGUAUAUUUGGAAGAAAGGCAGAGUUGACAAGCACGGCAAGCCUGUUCCACCAAACAACUGGUGCCGUACCCUAGACACAGCCGAAUCGGCUUGGGAAUGGGACGAAGUCACAAAAGAAUACUACCUGUCCGUAUUCUCCUCUGCACAACCCGACCUCAAUUGGGAGAACAGAGAAGUCCGAGAUGCAGUGCACGAUAUCAUUCGAUUCUGGUUGAAUCGAGGUGUUUGUGGCUUUCGCUUGGACGUCAUAGACCACAUCUCUAAAGUUCAGCACUUCCCAGAUGCAGAAGAGAAGAUUCCAGGCCAGUACUAUCAGCCUGGCGACAAGUUUUAUGCCAAUGGACCGCGCCUAACCGAAUACUUGCAAGGUAUAAGGAAAGUGCUGAAUGAAUAUGACACUAUCACAGUCGGUGAGAUGCCGUUUGUGAACGAUGAAGACGAGAUUAUCCGUACCGUCGGGUUGCAAGGAUCAUUGAACAUGAUCUUUCUAUUUCACCUGUUGAAUCUGGAUAAUGAACCGGGCCGUUCGAAGUGGUCUUACUCAGAAUGGGAUGCUGCCGAUAUGAAGCGGAUUCAUAUGCGAACGCAGCGGUUAAUGAUUGACAGAGACGGUUGGAACGCAGUAUUUUGUGAGAAUCAUGACUCUCCAAGAUCACUGUCACGAUUUGCGGAUGAUAGUGACGAGUGGCGUGAGUAUGCGGCAAAGAUGCUCUGUACUAAGCACUCAACGCUUGGUGGAACGGGGUAUAUUUAUCAAGGCCAGGAGCUAGGCAUGCGAAACAUUCCUCCGGACUGGCCAAUCUCAGAAUACAAGGAUAUUGAGUCUCAGAGCUACUGGAAGUUUGCGAGCAAGCAAUUUGCCAAUAACCACAGAAAGCUGGAGUAUGCAAAGAAGAUGAUAGAGCUUAAAGCCCGCGACCAUACACGAACUCCAAUGCAAUGGGACGCUUCUCCAAAUGCUGGUUUCUGCAAGGCAAGCGUCAAGCCAUGGAUGCGAGUUAAUGACGAUUACCCCCGUAUCAAUGCUCUGGAUCAAUUGGACAACCCACAUUCCGUAUUCUCCUAUUGGAAACGUUGCCUGCAAUUACGCAAGGAACAUAAAGAAGUGUUCAUUUAUGGCGGGUUCGAGAUUCUGGAUCCGAAGCAUAAGGAUGUGGUAGCUUAUAAACGCUUCUCAGAACACGAGUGCUGGGUGACAGUUACAAAUUUCACUGGCAAAUAUUUACAAUGGACAGGAAUUGGAGAUAUUAAGGCAGUAGAAUGGGUACUUGGAAACUAUUCUCUUGAUUUACAUAAUAAUAGUAAAAGUCUUGAUAUUAGUUUAAGACCAUGGGAAGGUAUUAUUGGAAGAUGUAUAUAA